AUGCGUCGCCCUAAUCCUGAAACCAAUGUUUCCAGGUUCAAGGACGGUGUUACUGCAACAAAGUAUUUCAACGUCGAUCCGGUCUAUCUAAAGCAUGAACAUCAGGCAGUAGCAGCGGAUUACAGGCAUUUACAAGUUGCUCUGGGACGACGAUUCCGAGCACUCAAAAUAUGGUUUGUGCUACGACGACUUGGCGUCGGAUUCAUCCAGAAGACACUGCGAUCA